GAUGGCUUGAGUUUUCAGUUAUGGAGGUGGAAAGAAAUAGGUUCUUGGUUGUUAUUGAAUCGGGUUCGACACAUAGAUGAAAGAAAAGUUAAUCUUUUUCUGCCUAGAAUACCUUCAUGAUAGUCAGGGUAGGCCUUUUUGUUGCUGCUUCAGUUGCAGCCUUUGCAGUGAAGCAGUUGAAUGAAAAAAACUCGGGGUUCUCAAAAUCGAAAAGAAGGCGUUUAGGACAUGGCAAAGCAAACUCCGAACAACAUCGAAGCCAGGAAGAAGACAAAGAGCAGGUUGCAUAUACUCAUGAUUACCACAACGAAAAGGAUGAGGAAGAGGAGGAAGAAGAAGAGGUUAAGUUGAUUAGCAGCAUAUUUAACCGAGCUAGUGAUAGUCCCCCCAGCAACAUUGAUGAUGAAGAUAUUUUACCAGAAUUUGAAAAUCUUUUAUCUGGGGAGAUUGAAUUUCCGUUGCCCAGCAGCAAAUCUGACAAGUCACAGAAAGACAAAGUGUAUGAAACUGAGAUGGCAAACAAUGCAAGUGAGCUGGAACGGUUGCGCAAACUGGUAAAGGAAUUGGAGGAAAGGGAAGUGAAGCUUGAAGGGGAAUUGCUUGAGUACUAUGGAUUGAAGGAGCAAGAAUCAGACAUUGAUGAGUUACAACGUCAGCUUAAGAUCAAGUCGGUCGAGGUUAACAUGCUCAACAUUACUAUUAACUCUCUGCAAGCUGAGAGGAAGAAGCUUCAAGAUGAGAUUGCCCAAGGAGCUUCAGCAAGAAAAGAACUGGAGGCGGCGAGGAACAAGAUUAAAGAGCUUCAAAGGCAGAUUCAGCUUGAUGCUAACCAGACAAAAGGCCAGCUUUUGUUGCUGAAGCAACAAGUUUCUGGUCUACAGGCUAAGGAGGAAGAAGCUGUUAAGAAAGAUGCUGAACUUGAGAAGAAGCUAAAAGCUGUGAAGGAGUUAGAGGUGGAAGUUGUGGAGCUCAAGAGAAAAAACAAAGAACUCCAGCAUGAAAAGAGAGAAUUGAUCGUUAAGCUGGAUGCUGCCCAAGCCAGAGUAACAGCACUCUCCAGUAUGACUGAGAGUGAAAAGGUGGCAAAUGCAAGAGAGGAGGUAAAUAAUCUAAGGCAUGCAAACGAAGACUUAUUAAAGCAAGUGGAAGGUCUUCAGAUGAACAGAUUUAGUGAAGUUGAAGAACUAGUGUACCUCCGUUGGGUCAAUGCAUGCUUGAGGUAUGAACUCCGCAAUUACCAGGCUCCUCCAGGAAAGAUGUCAGCUCGUGAUCUUAACAAGAGUCUGAGCCCAAGAUCUCAAGAGAAGGCUAAGCAGCUUAUGUUAGAGUAUGCAGGAUCAGAACGCGGCCAGGGGGAUACAGAUAUCGAGAGUAAUUUCUCUCACCCGUCCUCUCCAGGAAGUGAGGACUUUGAUAAUGCUUCUAUUGAUAGCUUUACCAGCAGAGUCAGUAGUCUCGGUAAGAAAACUAGCUUAAUUCAAAAGCUGAAGAAAUGGGGCAGAAGCAAAGAUGAUUCAAGUGCCCUUUUAUCACCAUCCAGAUCGUUGUCCGGAGGCUCUCCUAGCAGAAUGAGUAUGAGUGUUCGGCCCAAGGGUCCACUGGAAGUCUUGAUGCUUCGGAAUGUAGGUGAUAGCGUAGCCAUCACAACAUAUGGCACGAUGGAGCAGGACCUUCCUGCCUCUCCUGAAACUCCAACUCUUCCAAACAUGAAAAGACAAGCUUCCAGCGACUCGCUUAAUUCUGUUGCAUCAUCAUUCCAACUAAUGUCCAAGUCAGUUGAGGGGGUUCUAGAUGAGAAAUAUCCGGCUUAUAAAGACCGGCAUAAGUUAGCAUUAGAGAGAGAGAAGCAAAUUAAGGAGAAAGCAGAUAGAGCAAGAGCAAAAAAAUUUAGUGACAGUUCGAAUUUGAGUUCAACCAAGGGAGAAAGAGCAAAUGCAGUGGUAUUACCUCCAAAGCUCUCUCAAAUAAAGGAGAAACCAGUUGUCUCUGCUGAUACAAAUGACCAAUCUAAUGAUGGUAAGUCUGUUGAUUCUCAAUCAAUAAGCAAGAUGAAACUGGCUGAGAUUGAGAAGAGGCCUCCGAGGACACCUCGGCCGCCUCCUAGACCAUCUGGAGGUGCUCCUGGAGGUAAAAAUCCAAACCCUUCAAGUGGAGUACCACCUCCUCCACCUGGUCCCCCUCCACCACCACCACCUCCUGGUGGACCACCUCGUCCACCACCUCCUCCAGGAAGUCUACCAAGGGGAGCAGGCAGUGGUGACAAGGUCCACAGGGCACCUGAGCUUGUUGAAUUUUACCAGACAUUGAUGAAACGCGAGGCAAAGAAGGAUACAUCGUCUUUGCUAUCUUCAGUGUCUAACAAUGCAUCCGAAGCAAGGAGCAACAUGAUUGGGGAAAUCGCGAACAAAUCAUCAUUCCUCUUAGCGGUGAAAGCCGAUGUGGAAACCCAGGGUGAUUUUGUCAUGUCAUUGGCAACUGAAGUCAGAGCAGCUUCCUUCACCAACAUCGAAGACCUCGUGGCAUUUGUAAACUGGCUAGAUGAGGAACUUUCUUUCUUGGUUGAUGAACGGGCAGUUCUGAAACACUUCGAUUGGCCUGAGGGAAAGGCAGAUGCAUUAAGAGAAGCAGCUUUUGAAUACCAAGAUCUUGUGAAGUUGGAGAAGCGGGUCACCUCUUUUGUUGACGAUCCCAAACUUUCAUGUGAAGCUGCUCUGAAGAAGAUGUACUCAUUGCUUGAAAAAGUAGAGCAGAGUGUAUAUGCACUCUUACGAACAAGGGACAUGGCUAUCUCACGAUACAGAGAGUUUGGAAUUCCUGUUGAUUGGUUGUUAGAUUCUGGGGUUGUUGGCAAGAUCAAGCUCUCUUCAGUCCAAUUGGCAAGGAAGUACAUGAAACGUGUAGCCUCAGAGCUUGACACGUUGAGUGGACCAGAAAAGGAACCAUCCAGAGAAUUCUUAGUGCUUCAAGGCGUCCGUUUUGCUUUCCGUGUACAUCAGUUUGCGGGUGGCUUCGAUGCAGAAAGCAUGAAGGCGUUUGAAGAACUAAGAAGCCGUAUCCGAACGCAAUCAGCUGAUGAUAACAAGCUUGAACAACAAGAAUCUUUUGUCUAGUUUUCUUUCAUUUUUCACUUUUCCUGUUCAAUUCAAUGAGUAAAUCCAUGUUUCAAGACACAUUGUAUGUGUUUGAUAUUGUACAAUGAACAAAACAGACCAAAGAGAAAAUUUACACAGUAAUCUGUUCAGAAUUUUUGUUCUUUUCUAUGAA